AUGGAAAAUGACGAUGGUGAGGACGACAUGUUGGCUGAUCCUCCUGUUCUGAAUGAUACUUCUAGUAAGAAAAAAGACAGAGGAAGGUGUAAAGUAGAAGAGACAGAUAAAACAAGAAAACGAAAGAGAAAUCAAGAAAGUUGGUCAAGAAAUAAGAGAAGAGAAGCCAGGGUUCAUGGAAAACCAUACAUAUCAACGAAAAAACAGUUUGUUGUUAGUGGACGAUGCCUGAAGCCUGCUUGUACGUGUAGACUAAAAUGUAAUGAAAAGAUUUUUGAGAAUAGAAGAUUAAAAAUUUUUCAGGAGUUGUACUUGCUAGAUGCUAACUCGCAAAAUCAAUUCAUUUCACAAAGAAAGCUUUGUGGAGAAACAAGUGGAAAGACGUAG